AUGGAUGCACCGCAUACAGCUAAUGGCCAUGUAAAGGCUGACAUUGCGCGACGCGAAAGCUUCGGAUCUCAAAACUCCCAGACAGCAAAAGAGUUCAUUGAAUCUCAGGUCCGACUUGAGGCCGAUGCGCGCGAAGCCCUUCCAUAUUCUUUCGAUUCGUGCACGUACGCUCUAGGUCCGUUGCGACAGAGUCUCUUCGCCUGUUUGACUUGCAAUCCUCCACCUGCAAACCCUGAUGACCCUUAUACCCCCGCCGCCGUUUGCUAUUCCUGUCAGAUCUCCUGCCACAGUGAACACGAGUUAGUAGAGCUCUUCAAUAAGCGAAACUUUGUUUGUGACUGCGGUACUACACGCCUGUCCUCGCCAUGCACUUUGCGCGAAGACCCGAAAACCGGCCGAAAGGGUGUCAAGUCGCAAGAGGCUGCGCCCGGCAACAAGUACAACCACAACUUUCGCAAUCAAUUCUGUGGUUGCGGUGAACAGUAUGACGCACACCAAGAGAAAGGAACGAUGUUCCAAUGCCUGGGACUCGGUACUGUUGAGACCGGAGGCUGCGGCGAAGACUGGUGGCAUCCGGAGUGUCUCAUCGGCCUCCCUCGGGAUUGGUAUAAGAGCAAAGAGUCUGAGAAGAGGCAUGGGCAUUUUGGCGGAGGAGACGGUCUCGAUGAUGCGCCGGUAGAUGAUGAUGAUGAAACCCCUCUGCCUCCCGGAUUUCCCGCUGAAGAUUAUUUCUGGCAACUCAUUUGUUUCAAGUGCAUGAACUCCAAUCCCUGGCUGAAGCCGUAUGCAGGAACUCCCGGGUUCCUUCCACCAGUGUAUGAGAAUGGUGGCAUGAAGAACUCGGCUGUGGAAGAUGUUCAAAGACCCAAGGAACAGGCCGAUAACUCGAAGAAGCGCAAGGCGGAGGAUGAUGACGAGACCCCUCAUGAGCCCGCCUCAAAGCGCACCAAAGAAGACGAGACGCAAAUAUCCACACUGGCUCCUAUCAAAGAAGAGCAAUCCACGAAAUCCGACGAAGUGACCGACGCGCCCAAGCUUGAUGCGCCUAAGCCUGACGCUCCGCAACCCAAACAUGCCUCACUUCCUGCCUCCGCACCGACUAAAUCAUUUUCCUUGUUCGUUGAGCAGGAUUUCUAUGACCGCCUCUGCCGCUGUCCAGAGUGCUUCCCCAAGCUUGCACCGCAUCCACAGCUACGCGAGGAAGAAGAUAACUACGAACCGCCCCUAUCUGACGAUGGGGAGGCCAAUGCUGCCGCGAGUACAGGCACUGGCAGUCUCUUGGAGCGUGGCGAGGCAGCACUAAGCAAUGUCGACCGCGUGCGUGCCAUCGAGGGUGCCAUGAUUUACAACCAUCUCCGCGACAAGGUCAAGGACUUCCUCAAGCCGUUUGCUGAGAGCGGCCAGGCUGUCAGCGCGGAUGAUAUUAAGGGGUACUUCGAGAAGCUGCGCGGCGACGAGCAGGGUAUUAAAGAUGCCGCGGGCCAGGCUGAGGCCAUGGGAGGAGGUGAAGGCAGUGGCGGCGAUGCUGGUGACAGCCGACGUGAGCAGAACGGCUAUUGA